GGCGUCCAUUCGAAAUGGGUAGCAAUUGGGACGAUUUUGAGAAAACACUUCGAAAAUACUUACCAAACAGUGAUGAACAAAUCGCUGAAAUAUUGAAGAGAAAAUUUUUUCAGACAAGCUGUGAAUUUCAGAGAUCAGAAACUGCUAAAACACUAUUAGAUAAAUGUAUUACAGGCAUUGUUUCCAAUCCAGACAGAUUAUAUGUCCUCUUGAAUGACUUGAAAACCACUUUGAGAUUACAUAUACAGAAAGUUGAAAAAAAGCAUCAUUCAGGAGGUAUUACAAAGCGUCGUUUAGACUUCAAAACACUUUCUCAUGAAAGUUCGCAUACCAAAUCACAGGAUUCUUUAAAUAAUGGCAUUGAUCAAACUUCAUCAAAGCCUUCGUCUUUAGUGUCGGAUGAUGACGAUGUUAUUAUCGUUGACUCACCAGAUAACCCAGGCCCAAGCGUUGUACAGUCAACAUCAAAAGUUGAUGAUUUGCAAAAUCCAACCACUUCUUCAGCAGCGGAAGAAGAAAAAUUAAAAUCCACUGAUGAGAGUGAUACGAAUAGCACUGAUUUUCAAAGCGAACGCAAACAAAAAUUGAUCGCUCGUCUAGAACUUCUUCUUGUACGUCUCUCUCAAGCUAUUCGAGAGUUAGAAGAAAAAGAAAUAAAUCUUGAUGAAUUAGACUCAUCUGAUUCCCCCUAUCUGAAAUUAGAUACUUUAAAACGUCAAUAUCUAAAAGCUUGGCGUCGACUUUGUGAAAUACGUAAUGUGGCUCGGAUAUCUGGAAGGAUAUUGCGUCAAAGAUUCACUUAUAAGGGUUGUCAGUAUUCAAAAGUGAAUGAAAAGAUUGAAGAUCUAAUUAAUAAGAAAAAAUUAUUUCCUGAUUGCACUGAUAUUUAUCGGAUAGUUGCUUCUGUAAACAAGGAGGAGAAUUUAAAUUUGACCGGAUCAACUGUAAAAUCUAUGGCUCGUGAAAUUUUUCUCGAUGUUGGACAUUUAUUAAAACAACGACGUCAAGAUGACUUGAGGCAUGAUUUCGGUUGUCAUUUAACUGAUGAUUUAUGUGAAGACGAUGAUCCAACGUAUUCAGAUCGAGAUUUACGCAGAAGGCUAAAUGAAAAUAAACGCCUUGGUGAUAACAAUUUAAACAAGGUAUUCAAACACUUCAUUGAUCUCCAAUACACUGUCCAGUCUGCUCAACCAACACUCCAGGAUUCUGAUGAAAAAAGUCGAACUAUGCAUACUGUUGACCAACAGAUUAACACAACUGAUCCUAGUUCUGUUGCAUCAACCUCCCAACAGGAAACUUGUCCCUUAGAAAAAGCAACUAAUGAUUCAAAAGAUCCUUCAAAAGCUGAGAAUUCUUCAGAUACUUCUGAUGAAGUGCUUACUUUGAGUUCAGAUUCUGAGGAGGAGGAGGAGAAAGAUGAUAAAGAUGAUGAUGAUGUUAGAAAAUCCCUUAAUUCUUCUGCAGUGGUUAAUGCUUCUUCUUCUGCUUCUACUUCUUCUUCAGUUCCAGUCUGUGAUACAAAAAUUUCCACAACCAGCGAAUCCCAAUUAUCGCCUACACAUGAUCAUCAAAUUCAUUCCAUGCCUAAGAGAAAUUCUGUUGUCGACGACUCAUCGAAAGUUGAUUCUCCAACAACAAUUAAUCUAGUUGAUGAUGAUACUUCUUCUUCUUCUUCUUCUCCUUCUCCUUCUUCGCCAACAUCUUAUUCAGUUCCAGAACCUCCAAAAAAACUACCUAGGUCACAGUGCACCUUCCCUUUGCAUACUCCACCCUUUAUGUCAAAUAUUAAUAAUAAUAGUAAUAGAUUUACUUUUCCAACACCAAUUGCCCAAGAAACAAGACAAUCUAGUCAAAUUGUAACUGUUGCUACACGAUUUGGUCCGCAUGGAGUUGAAACAACAACACGUCAUCAUGUGGCUAGUGCACAUAUUGUCCAUCGUUAUCCUAACACGACAACAUUAAUAACAAGUAGAACAACUAGUCAACAAUUCACUAACGGGACAUCGUACAAUCCAUACCAGCCAUCAAUAGGAGUAGUAACCCAUGGAGAUAUGCAUUCACCGCAGCGUUUCACACAUGCUACACCCGUCAGUAGUAGGAAUCCUGCUCCUCCUCCUCCUCAUCAUCAUCAUCCGAAUGUGGUAAAAUUCUCAUCUUUAUCGAAUUCAAUUUCAAGGAUACAACAGAUCGCACCGGGGAACUUGCCUACUAGUAUACCACCGACUCCUACUCCUACUCCCACUUCUACUACUACUACUACUACUUAUGCAAAUGAAACUAUCGAAAUUGAUUAAUUCUCGUUGUUCUUAUUGUUGUUUAUAUGAAUUUUUGCAGUGAAUAAGAUUCCUUAUUAUUAUUUUUUUUCCACUUGACUAUGUUGAGGUAUUGUGCGAAUUACUUGCUUGAGUGUGUGUUACAACAGUGUACAUUAUUUAGCUGGUUAUUAUGUUCGUUUCAGCUGGCAUAGUAGUGUGGCGACAUAUCGUUUAUUUAGGAAAUCAACAGAUAUUUAUAGAUUUUCAUGUACAUUAUUGAUUAUUGUAAGCAAAUAAACACAG